AUGGUUCGCCAUAAGAAAAACGAUGAAGAGUACGCUGAUGAGAGGAGGACUAACGCCAUUGGUGACGUCCAUAGAAAGUUAGUGCACGUUAGAAGUCGACAGGAUCGUGUCAACGAAGCACUGGAAGCGCUACAAUCUUAUACGGAUAAGGGAGGGACCCUUUGUCAUAAAAACAAGGCGAAAGCGCUUGCUCUCUACCAAACACUGCUCAAAGCCUGUGAAAGCGAAGGAGAAUAUAUAAGGAGGUUACUGUGUGACAUCGAAAGGAUACGAAAAUCGGAGUAUAAGACGAAAAUGAAGACUCACUUAAAACGUCAUGCACUAAUGCAGUUGAUCAACCUUCAGGGUACAACAUUACCUUUAUGGGUUGGUGGAGUUGAUGGUUUUCCACCCCCGUUCGUUGGCGCUAUUGCUAUCCCUGAAACGUUGCCGCUCAAGUCUGGUGAUUCCGUUGCAGCAUACGUAGACGAAAACUGGAUCCUAGCAGAGGUGGUUGCAGUAAGUCCCACAGGACGAUACGAUGUGAAGGAUGUUGACGAUGAACAAAAAGUACGCCUAACAAUGGCUCGACGUCGUCUUAUACCGUUACCGAAGUGGAGAGCUGACCCUGAGAGAGAUGCGCAUGCGUUGUUUCCAGUGGAGGCUAUUGUUCUAGCGCUAUAUCCGCAGACUACGUGUUUCUAUAAAGGAAUCGUGCAACGAGUGCCGCAACUUGCCACAGAAGAUUACUUGGUUACGUUUGAGGACCCAUCUUAUAGUACUGGUUACUCUCCACCCCUACCCAUACCACAAAGAUACGUAGUACCCUACAAGGAAGUGAAGGGAAAGAACAAAAGUCGAACUGUUGGGUCAGACUAA